AUGGAGUCGCCGUGCCCCUGGGUGGCAGUUGAAUUUGUUCCCCUUCUAGAGUGGUCUCAGCGGGACUUGGAGAGAGCCGAAAGUGUGAAGUUCUGCCGUCAGUACCUUGUCUUCCAUGACAGCAAAACCAUCGUGUACUCGGGCCCCUCGGGUGCCUGCACCGAGAUAAAGGGCGAGCUGCUGAGCAGAGAGUCACCCAGUGGGACACUGAAAGCCGUACUGCGAAAGGCCAGCAACAGCAAAGGCGAGGAGAAGCAGUUCUUGGAAAUCUGGGAUCAGAAUCGCAAAGUGAAGAGCAUCAACUUGACAGGACUGGAGAAGCAUGGCAGCAUCUACGAAGAUGAUCAGUUUGGCUGCCUAGCCUGGUCGCACUCAGAGACCCAUCUUCUGUAUGUGGCGGAGAAAAAACGCCCAAAGACUGAGUCCUUCUUUCAGAGUAAGGCACCUGAACUAAGCAGCAGCACAGCUGAGGAAGAGGACGGAGUGUCGAGGCCUGAGAAACAAGACAAAGCCCUCAAGGGGGAGCAGUUUGUGUACCAUGAGGACUGGGGCGAGGCACUGAGCAACAAGAGUGUCCCUGCCCUAUGUGUGCUGGACAUUGAGAGCAGCAACGUUUCUGUGCUGGAAGGUGUCCCAGACCACAUCUCCCCUGGACAGGCCUUCUGGUCCCCUGGUGACACUGGUGUGGUCUUCGCAGGCUGGUGGCAUGAGCCCUUCCGUCUGGGGCUGCGGCACUGCACCAACCGCAGAUCAGCACUGUUCUAUGUGGACCUGAGAAGGGGGUGCUGCGAGCUGCUGUCUAAUGACACCAAGGCUGUGUGGUCCCCACGCCUCAGCCCUGACCAGUGCCGCAUCAUCUAUCUGGAGAACAAUGCACUUGGGCCCCAUCAGCAGUGCAGCCGCCUUUGUAUGUAUGACUGGUACACAAAACAAACCUCCACUGUGCUAGAGAUUGUGCCUCGGCAGAGCCAGGGUGUAUUCCCAGGGAUCUACUGCACAGCACUGCCUGAGAUGUGUUGGGCAGCUGACAGCCGGCGGGUUGUGUUAGACACAGCACAGCGCAGCCAGCAGGACCUGUUUGUUGUGGACACGCAGACCAGCAGUGUGCACUGCCUGACAGCUGAUGCUCCCCCAGGGAGCUGGACACUCCUUACUAUCAACCGGGAUCUUCUAGUGGCCAAGUUCUCGACCCCAAGCUGCCCUCCAACUCUGAAGGUGGGCUUCCUUCCUAGUGUUGGCCAAGAGGCCCAGGUGAGCUGGGUCUGUCUGGAAGAUGCUGCCCCCUUGUCAGACAUCAGCUGGGUCAUCCAGUCCCUGCAGCCUCCUUCAGAGCAGGAAAACCCUCAGUAUGAGGGUCUUGAUUUUGAAGCCAUCCUUUUGCGGCCCAGCCAGAUGGCCAGCCCAAACAAGCCACCUCUUGUGGUUGUACCCCAUGGAGGUCCUCAUUCAGUCUUUGUAGCCAGCUGGAUGCUGUACCCAGCAGUGCUCUGCAGGAUGGGCUUUGCUGUGCUUCUGGUGAACUACCGUGGCUCGCUAGGCUUCGGCCAGGACAACAUCGCUUCCCUGCCAGGCAAUGUGGGCAGCCAGGACGUACAAGAUGUACAGCACUGUGUGGAACGGGUAUUACAGGAAGAGCCACUGGACUCAACCCGGGUAGCCCUGGUGGGUGGUUCACAUGGGGGCUUCCUUGCUUGCCAUCUCAUUGGCCAGUACCCGGGCACCUACCAGGCUUGUAUCGUUCGAAACCCAGUUGUCAAUAUGGCCUCCAUGAUCAGCUGCACUGACAUCCCAGACUGGUGCCUGACUGAAGCUGGCUUUUUCUUCACGCCCACCACCCUCCCAAAUGCUGCCCACUGGACGGAGAUGCUGCGCAAGUCUCCCAUGCAGUAUGUUGACAAGGUCCAGACCCCUGUGCUCCUGAUGCUGGGAGAAGAUGACAAGCGAGUCCCUCCAAAGCAGGGGCUGGAGUAUUACCACGCCCUUAAAGCCAGGGGUAUCCCCACCCGACUGCUGUGGUACCCAGGGAACAACCAUGCGCUCUCUGGCGUGGAGGCCGAGGCUGAUGGCUUCAUGAACAUGGCACUGUGGCUGAUAAAGCACCUUAAGUGCUGACUGUAGGCACCUGUACCCUGCCCUGUAGGGGAUGCUGCUGUGCACUGCACCCCCACCUAAUGCUGUAACCCCCUGUUAAUAAACAGUACAGCUGA